ACAGGUCAUCCUGACUCGAACCAACUAAUCCCCCAAGGUCUCCUUAGCCUCACUCACUCACCCCCAGCACCUCACCACCUUAUAUCCCACCUCACCAUUACCCUCACCUCUUCACAUCCACAAUUUAUCCCAAACACACACACCCCACCCAUAGAGCUCCCCACACCCGCGGGAGAGGUCCCCCGGGACCUCCUCGGGGCUGCUAUAUCUAUGUCCCUUCCUCAUCACGCGCCACCACCACCACCCCCAGAAAAAGCAGUGCAGGUCCUGGAGUCACCCCCACCAACGAUGACGAUGACGCCAUCUCAGCUACCGGCGCUUUAUAAGCACCGAUCGUUGUCGCCAGACAUUUUCCGCGAUGAGGCAUGGCUUAGAAGGAAAGGGAACAGCAAGAACAGGGGGAGCAAGAGCGUGACGGACGAAGACCUUGAUGAACUCAAGGCUUGUAUUGAGUUGGGGUUCGGGUUCGAGUUUGACUCACCCGAGGUGGAUCAACGUUUGUCCGAUACUUUGCCUGCUCUUGGCCUCUACUAUGCUGUUAACAAGAACUACAACGACAUCGUUUCCAAGUCUUUUUCAGUUGCAUCGGACUGUGAUAGUAUUCCCUCCCCUAUAGGCAGCCCCAACUCCAUCUUUGGUCCUGGUGAUAAUCCACAGACGGUGAAGAUAAGGCUGAGACAAUGGGCGCAGGUGGUUGCUUGUUCGGCCAUCUUGGAUUGCUGUCUCAAGUACGGUGUCAAAAGAUAUUCGCAGCUAUUUUCAGAAGGCUGUGUCGAUGACGUGGGUAAGGAAACUCAGACAUGCCCUUUGCCAGAAGUGACAAGGCUUGCUGAGUGAAGGAAGACUGUUUGUUAGAAGGACUACGUCAGAGUGUUGCUGCUAUUGUGAACUGACAGUUUUAUUAUGUAUUAUGCAUGACUCUUAGGGGUGGCGUAUAUUUGUAUUUUGGAAAUGAUCUAUAUUAAGAAUUACUAUUUUGACAAUACUUUGUUUUUACGGGAUUUUAUUUAAAUAUAAAUGUUUGGAUUUGAAUUA